UAGGGAGCCUUAGGGGGAUCCAUCGCCGCGAACGGAUCGCUCGGAAGCGCCAUGGCCGCGUCAGAUGGAUGACGGACAUUGGGCCGAUGGAGUGAGGGCCUUCUUCCAGGGCGACACCGACUUGGCCCUACGGCAGUUUCACUUGGGCCUUGAGAAGGAGGAGGUCUCUACCAAGAUCCUCGCAAGGCGGCUUUACUUCGUGGCAGAGCUGGAGAAAGGUCUCGGUGACGCCAUCAGGUGCCUGCGACGCGCAGCGCAGCUGGACCCAGAGCUGAAGCAGGCCCACGUCGCCCUUUGCUUGGCCUUGGAAGAGGCCGGGGAGGAGGAGGCGCUGCGCUCGGCCGCCUGCCGCGCCGUGGUGGAGGGGGGACUUUGGAGCCACUGGAGGCAGCGGCCUGCUGCCUUUUUGCCUGGCCUGGCGGCUUCGCCCUGGUGGCCUGCUGAGCUGUUCCCCUGGGUCAAGGCGCUGGAGGCCCGGGCCAAAAACCUGCGGCGGCGCCUGGACCUGCGAACGAUAUUCGACGCAGCGCCUUGGGCGCCGGUGGGUGGCCAACACCGGGCCUCGGGCAGCCACGAUGGACACGCGCUGCGACGAGGUGCCUGGCAUGAGAUCGUUCUCUUCGGCCUGGGCAACGAGGCCGAAGAAGGGCGAAGCCGCUUCCUGGCACUGGCGGAGGCGGUGCAGAGCGCCGUGCCGGAGGCCGUCACCAUGGCCCAGGAAGGCGCUGGGGAGGUGAUCUUGUCCGCGUUGGGCCCCGGCUCCCACGUGGCGCGGCACUGCGGAAGGGCCAACCAUCGGCUGACGGCCCAUUUAGGGCUUUGCAUUCCGCAAGGCUGCGGCAUUCAGGUGGGCGGCGAGUGGCGAUGCGGCCGCCUGAGCUGGCAGGAGGACAAGAUCUUGAUCUUCGACGACUCCUUUGAGCACGAGGUGCAGAACAACAGCAACUCCACCCGAGUGGUUCUGUUGAUCCGCUUCUGGCAUCCAGCUCUGAACCCGCCGGAGCGGCGGAAGGCAGCCCUCGAGCACAUCCAGGCGGAGCUCGCCUACACGCAGCGGCUGCAGACGCUGCCGCCCCUGGCGCCGGACUACGCAGAGCCCACGCGCGCGCUGGAGGAGCAUCUGCUGGGCAGCGGCGCCUGCCCAAACUGCCGCAGCCUGCGGGGCGGCGAUCUGACCCUGGAUGAGCAGAAAGGAAGGGCGAGGCUGGUCCUCAGCUGCUGUGGCCAUGCGCUGGAGUGAG